AUGGGCUCCUCGCCCAACCCGUACCACUCGUGCCAGCGCUACGGCAGCGCGGGCGCCAGCUCCAACAAUAACGGCUCCGACUGGCGCGGCAAGCAGCGCCACAGGUACGAGGAUGAGAUUUACUUCGUCUGGUACCACCACGAGAAGAAGUGUCCCGCACUGCGCGAGCAGCACCGCAUGCGCGUUGAGGCCACGAACCCGGAGUUGGCCACCCCGCGCUUCGGCGCUAUUGAGUGGGCCAGGGUCUGGUAUCCAUAG